AUGCCUUUUAUAACUGCUUCUUGUAUCGGAAAACAUAUUUUCAAAGCUUUAUUGUUGUUAAGUUAUAACGUACAAAAAUUAAGGAUAAAAAUUACUGGUAAGAUUGAGCGUUCAUUUUCAAAUCGGCAUGAUGAUGAUAAUAAUGAAAAUACAAAUUCUUUGGUGAUAACAAAUGCAGUCAUAGGAUACAGAAGUCAUGGUACAGUUUGUUCAAAAGUGACUUUCAAGGGCAAUAAAAAUACUACUACAUCAUGGGCUCUCAUUCCUUUAUAUUGCAUUGGAACUUUUCAUGACCUAAAAGAAAACGGAACAUGCACACUUGCAUUCUUACAUUAUCUCGAUGUUGGAAAAUUACUUCUAUUUUAUUAUAAAUUUUUGACCAAGUCAUUUGAAAAAUGGUAA